UGUAUUACAUCUUGCAGCGAUAGUUUUGAAUCCGAGACUUAAAAUUCAAUACUUUGAAGAUCUUGGUUGGUCAUUAUAUCUCGUUGCUCAGAUUAAAAAUAUCAUUAAAAGUAAAUAUGAAAGUAGCUAUGCACCUGUUUCUAGUCAAAACACCUAUUCAACUCUUGAAUUACCACCAGUAAAUAUUACAAAAAGAAUUUAUAAGCGUGUUCGUGUCGAACACCAGAGUCAAUUGGAUACUUAUUUGUUGAUGCCUCGUAUAGAUCCAGACAAAGAUAUCUUAGAAUGGUGGCGUGAAAAUGAAGUAAAUUAUCCGAACCUUGCAAAGUUUGCUAGAGACUGUCUUCCUAUACCAGCUACAAGUGUGCCAAGUGAGGAAGUUUUUAGUAUUAGUG